CUGCCGCCGCCGGGCGGACGGGCGGACGCGCGGAGCCGGGGGCCGCGCGGCGGGGCCGGCGGGGCGCGGCGGGGCGCGGCGGGGCUGACCGGCCCCGAUGAGGCGGAAGGAGAAGCGGCUUCUUCAGGCGGUGGCGCUGGUGCUGGCGGCCCUGGUCCUUCUGCCCAACGUGGGGCUCUGGGCGCUGUACCGCGAGCGGCAGCCCGACGGCACCCCCGGGGGAUCGGGGGCGGCGGUGGUCCCGGCGGCCGGACUGGGCUCCCACAAUCAGCAGAAGAAGAUAUUUUUCGUGGGAGAUGGGCAAAAGCUGAAGGAUUGGCAUGACAAAGAAGCCAUCAGGAGGGACGCCCAGCGCGUAGGAAAUGGAGAACAAGGGAGACCUUACCCCAUGACUGACGCUGAGAGAGUGGAUCAGGCGUACCGAGAAAAUGGAUUUAACAUUUACGUCAGUGAUAAAAUCUCCCUGAAUCGUUCUGUCCCUGAUAUUCGGCACCCAAACUGCAAUGGCAAACGCUACCUGGAGACACUCCCCAACACCAGCAUCAUCAUCCCCUUCCACAACGAGGGCUGGUCCUCCCUCCUCCGCACCGUCCACAGCGUGCUGAACCGCUCGCCCCCGGAGCUGAUCGCCGAGAUUGUGCUGGUUGAUGACUUCAGCGAUCGAGAGCACCUGAAGAAGCCACUCGAGGACUACAUGGCCCUUUUCCCCAGUGUGAGGAUUCUUCGAACCAAGAAACGGGAGGGGCUGAUAAGGACCCGGAUGCUGGGGGCCUCAGCAGCAACUGGGGAUGUCAUCACGUUCUUAGACUCGCACUGUGAAGCCAAUGUCAACUGGCUCCCCCCCUUGCUCGACCGCAUCGCUCAGAACCGCAAGACCAUCGUGUGCCCGAUGAUUGACGUGAUUGACCACGAUGACUUUCGGUACGAAACACAGGCAGGGGAUGCCAUGCGGGGCGCCUUUGACUGGGAGAUGUACUAUAAGCGGAUCCCAAUUCCUCCAGAACUGCAGAAAGCUGACCCCAGUGACCCAUUUGAGUCUCCCGUGAUGGCCGGUGGACUGUUCGCUGUGGAUCGGAAAUGGUUCUGGGAGCUGGGCGGGUACGACCCAGGCCUGGAAAUCUGGGGAGGGGAGCAGUAUGAAAUCUCAUUCAAGGUGUGGAUGUGUGGGGGCCGCAUGGAGGACAUCCCCUGCUCCAGGGUGGGCCAUAUCUACCGGAAGUAUGUACCCUACAAGGUUCCCGCCGGAGUCAGCCUGGCCCGGAACCUGAAGCGAGUGGCGGAAGUGUGGAUGGAUGAGUAUGCCGAGCACAUUUACCAGCGCCGGCCCGAGUACCGCCACCUCUCUGCUGGGGACGUCGCCGCCCAGAAGAAGCUGCGCAGCUCCCUUAACUGCAAGAGUUUCAAGUGGUUUAUGACCAAGAUUGCUUGGGACCUGCCCAAAUUCUACCCGCCCGUGGAGCCCCCCGCCGCAGCUUGGGGGGAGAUCCACAAUGUGGGCACAGGGCUGUGUGCCGACACGAAGCAUGGGGCCCUGGGCUCCCCGCUGAGGCUGGAGAGCUGUGUCCGGGGCCGCGGGGAGGCUGCCUGGAACAACAUGCAGGUGUUCACCUUCACCUGGAGAGAGGACAUCCGGCCCGGAGACCCCCAGCACACCAAGAAGUUCUGCUUUGACGCCAUCUCCCACACCAGCCCAGUCACCCUCUAUGACUGCCACAGCAUGAAGGGCAACCAGCUGUGGAAGUACCGCCAAGACAAGACCCUGUACCACCCGGUCAGCGACAGUUGCAUGGACUGCAGUGAGAGUGACCACCGGAUCUUCAUGAACACCUGUAACCCCUCUUCUCUCACCCAGCAAUGGCUGUUCGAACACACCAACUCGACAGUCUUGGAAAAAUUUAACAGGGACUGAGCCCUCACGUGUCCUCAGCAGGCCUGGCCCCGCUGCAGACUUCCUCUCCGAGGGAGGCAGGGCUUCUGUGGGCGCCGUGAUGUGAGAGGUGCUGGCCCGCCGGUCUAGGGCACGCAGGGCUCUUAAAGCUGGAGCAGGGGUCCGCCUGCUUCCCUGAAGCCCAGGCCUGGAGGUGGGGUGGAGAACAGACCCCACAAGAGGCCUCACAGAGAGCAGUGCCUGCUUUAACCCCCGAUGGCAUCAUGGAAAUCCAGGAGGGCCUUCUCAACUUUGUUCCUGCGAUCCCUUGAGCGUUAUGUGGGAGGAAUGCCAGGGCAGCCCUAGGCCACCCCGAAACGGGUCCCACAAGGUUGCCUAGCCUUCAGAUGGCUCAUACAUGACUGUCCUCUGGAAAAGGGGCAACGUUUGCCUGUGUGGGCAGCUUGUAGCACCAGUGACCCCAUCUGCAGCAGAGGGGGGGCAGGAGGCCUUUCUCCGGGCCACUGGUGCCAGCCGUUCAGUGUCUGCCUGUCGUGGGCUAGCUGCAGUUACCGCCCAGCUUCCGUGCUCUGUCACAGCCCCAGAUGAUGUGAUCAAAGGUCUCACCCGGACCCUCAUGGCGUUCAAUACUGAGCACUGGCCAACUGCCAGGCCUGGGGUCAGAAGUGGGACCCCCAGACAUUCCUUUGCUGCCACGGACGCAUGGGAUGGCUCUCCUUGCUCUCUGGGCACUGGAAAUGUCCACGUUAGUGCUCUGCAGGCACAGGACAGCUCAGCCACCAGCUACUCAGAGGUGUGUUUCACCUGGCCUCGGGCCUGUGGAAAGGGCCUAGUUAGAAGACCCCCCAAACUAGAUAUGCUGGCGGAGUUCCCCUGAGCCGUGCUUCUGUUUUCCUCUUUCUGUCUUGGGCAAUUACCUGCCCUAAGAGAGGAGCAGACGUAUGAGGUGCUCACCUCAAAAUGUCUGGAGGCCUCCAAGGUGGGCAAGAUGCCCAGCCUCUGACCUCAUCACGGCUCUAGUUCUCAUAUAGAACUCUAGAAUUUUUCAAGAACUCUAUCAUUGGAUCACAACCUAGAAUGCUACCUGGGAUUCUGGUAUUCUAGCACCCAGUAUGGAUUUCUGGAAUGCUGUGAUUUAAAAGAGCCAGCCAAGUGUAGUACAGCCAAGGCAGCCCCCCAGCCUGAGACAAGCUUUGAAAUCCGAGGUUGGUGGUUUCGGUGGGGGGGGUGACCUGUGUCCGUCAGCUCGCACCAGAGACCUUGGCAUGAUGCGGUCCUCAGCACAGUUCCGAAGCCCUGCAAACUUCCCCCACCCUCCCCUGGAGUAAAGCACCCCACAGGCAGGUGUACACCCAGCUCCAUGCCAGUCCCUCGUGUUUACCUUUUGUUAAUUAUGUGUCAGACUCCCAGAGGGCUCCCAAACUAAUAGGAAUCGUUGCUGUAACCAGCCUGCCACCCACUGAUUCAGAGAUGGAAAUUGCAUGCCACAGCCAAUGGCUUCCACCAGCUAGUCCGGGAAAUACUGGAAAUCAGUGUUCCAAUUAGAGUUGGAUCUCUCGAUUGUGUCAUUUAGCAAUUAAAUGCAACAUAAAUCUGGGAACAGAGCCACAAAUCUGCCUUUGAGAUGCUGGCUGAUCUCAAGGCCAUCAUUUAUCUGGGGGGUGGGGGCAUAAACUCCCAACCACCAUCACCACCCCGAUUAAGCAUAGAGCUGGCAAAGCAUCACUCCCUCCACUUCUGCCCCCGCACGAGCCCUGCCCUGGCCACCUGUGCUCGUGGAAGCUUGCUUGUUGAUCCCUCAUGUCUUUUCCAGAUGAGUGCUCUAUUUUUUGAAGUGGUCCUCGAUAGGAAGGAGUCCGAAGAGGAGGCCCCCUCCAGGAUCUAGGAGAACAGGAGUGUUGCAGUUUGGAGAGCUGAAUUAGGGGUCAUCCUCAGAAAGCAAUGCAGCAUCAUUAAAAUAAAAACUGUGCCUUUUAAAAAGAAAAUGCAAAUGUACAGCAAAUCCCUAAACUUGAAUAAUUUCCUAGUGCCUUGCUAGACAAACCUCCAGGGGCAGGGUUGGGGGGAGGGGAAACAUUAGUGGUGGUGUGUGCUGUUUCUGUUGGAUGAGUGUGUGUUUCUGAACUUCCAGUUUCAAGCAGGAGACGUUGGGCCUAGAGCAGGAUCUGAGACGGAGAAGUCCCUCGAGGGCCAGAGGCGAGAGUUGUUCCAGUUCGUGGAAGGAACACUCCAAAUUAAAAGGGCAGCUGGACAACUCGCUUAGUCCAUGGCCUGGAAGGGCCUCAGCAGCCCCAGGGAGAGGGCCGUGUUUGGAGGCCAUGCCUGUAGUCCCCCAUCCCAGCCUGCAGACAGAGUGCCGAGCACUCGCUAGAUUCCCAAGUGGUCCCCUUCCAAGUGGGUGGCCGUGUCCUCGGCAAGACCAGGACCCGUGUGGACAGCAGGAGCAGCAAGCAGGCCACAGCCUUCCUCUUUCCCAGCCUUUGGUUCUCCUUUCAAGUCUGGUUUGACCCCCUCAGCAAGGGAGGGGUAGUUCCCCUGAGCAGGUCUUGCUGUGAGCCCUUAUCCGGAGGUGCUGGGACUGGCCAGAGUGUGUAAUAGGGAAAGGAAAGAGAGAAGUUCAUGGCUUAGCUGACCAUCGGACGGAUGACAAAUACUGACCACUCAUUGUUUUGGCCUCAUUUUUGAAAACCACCUGUCUCAAAGAUUCUGGUUCCUGCUCACCUGCCCCCUGUUGCUCAAUAAAGCAGCCAGGAGUCUGGGGGGUGCUCUCAUCUGGGUAAUGGGUGACGGUGUGGGCCCCUUUUGCUCUCUCUAUUCUGGCAGACGGUCACAAAGCGGUGUGGCUGGAAAGUAUCAUGACCACGGGGCCCACCAGCAGCCUUUCCACAGGGGGUCUCCAGAAGCAUUCUGCAAUGCAGAGAACAUCUUUGCUGGAAAUACAAGGCCUUGGGAGGUGGCCAAGUGUUCAGGCACAUGUGUAAAAAGCCAUCCCACUGUGUGCCUCUGCCUGGUGCUUUCAACUUUGAAAACCAUCCCGGAACUAGCCAUCCUCCCCUUGAGGAAGAACUAGUUCAAAGGCAGAGAGGGGAACUCCCACAGGCCUAAGGGAGAAGGAGCACCUCUCGCUGCUGAUGCAGCAGAUCCCCAAGUCCACAUUAUCUUCACUUUGCAAACCUACCUGUUGAAUUUCUUUUUCUCCUGAAGAAAGAGAUGAUACCCUUUAAAAUGACUCCAUGUUUCUUUCCGUGCGUCUUCAUUUUUCUGUCUCUGGAGUCUCAAAAGAGUGGCAAAGCACUUUACAGUAGUAACUGAGAAACCUGGAUUCCUUGCUUCGGCGAUCCUAGUUUGUACAGGUUGGGUGAUCUUUUAUAAUUCCUGGGAGGCAGUGCAUUUUUAGUGUUUUCUGAAGAUUUUUAAGUGUGGGAGAGGGGCAAGGAGUGCAGUCCUGCUCUGGAAUUCCUUUCUACUUUCUCUUUGUGAAAAUCCAAGUCAUAUUUCAGUCCAAACUUGAUCUUGAGCCAAGGUGCACUGCCAGAGUUGGACCUACAUCCCCGGUGACAGGGCCCUCUUAACACCUGCUCCCCACAUGGCUUCGAUUCUGCCGUGUCAGAUAACAGGGUUGGGCUUCUGCCCCGUUUUUGGCUUGAACACUGGGAUCCCAAAGGGACUACAGGCAAGGAAUAUUGAGAAGGCAGACUGAGUAUUCCAUACAGAAAGCUCAAGACCACCAACCUCUCUUCUCCUGCCUGGAAAAGUGAGCCUUUGUGAAGAACUGACUUACCGUGUACAAUUGUGAUUGUGACUUGUUGAAUAAACCGACAGACUUUCUGUAA